AUUUUGACAACUUUGUCACAUAAGAGCUUCAUCUGUUUAUCGAGAUGGCUGCAAAACUGAAAAAACGAGCUCUUGCAGAAUUCAGUUAUGUUGUUACGGAAGAACCUCCACAACCUGUCAAGAAAUUGCGAUUGAUCCAUCAAUCCACUCCACCUGUGAUAUCCUUGAACCUUUCAAGCUCUAACUCCCCACAGGAGACAAUAUUUUUGCUCUGUAAGCUGGAGGAGAGUAUGCCCAUUGACAAAGAAGGUGCCGAAGGGAUAUACAAUGAGCUAGUGGAACAUCUUAUUGGCGAACGUGAUUCUAUAGUUCGCUGUAAAAUUAUUUCCCUUUUUGCCAGGCUAGCACUUGUUCCAGGUUUUAAUAUUCAAUUAUUAGCUGAUGACCUUUUGAACAGACUUAACUCUGAGACAUCGCAUAAAGUUUUGAGUCAAAUGUUAGUGAGUGCAAAGACUGUUAGCCAAAUGUUUUCUCCUUCUAGUCCUUACAUUCAGCGUUUCAUGAGAGCAGCAUUUAAGAAUGUUUCCGACUCAGAUCACCAAGUACGUAAAAGUUGCCUUCAACUCAUUGGCUGCUUAGCUUCAUGUGAGCAACAGCGUAAAGACACUCCUGCCUCCCCUGAUUGGCCAGUGUCCAUUCAAGAAGUGUUGACUCGUUACAUCAGUGACGAGGACCCGAGAGUCCGGUGUAGUGCCUUUGAAGCCAUGCUGACACUACACAACAGUGGACAGUAUUUGGGGUUCUCUGUUUACCAACAAGCUUGCAGUGCUCUGUCUGAUGACUAUGAAGGUGUACGUCUGGCAGCCAUUCAACUCAUUUGGGUCUUGAGCCACUUAUAUCCUGAAAGUCUUGUACCAGUGACAGACUCAUCUGAAGAACUUCGGCUUGUUGAUGAUGGCUUUGCAAAAAUUUGUAAUAUGGUCUCAGAUAUCUCUGUGAAAGUCAGGGUUAAAGCCUGUCAGUUGCUGGGAUCUCUUCAUUUGGUCAGCCCCAAAUUUCUGGAGCAAACUUUGGACAAAAAAAUUAUGUCACAAUUAAGAAGAAAAAGAUCAGCACAUGAAAGGGCUAGAGAGCAUUUUGCUUCAGGUGAAUGGUCCACUGGUCAGAAGUGGGCAGAUGAUGCCCCAAAAGAGGACAUUGACCCAGACUCUGUGAACCUACUCAGUAUAGGGGCUUGCGGUGCUUUUGUUCAUGGUUUGGAGGAUGAAUAUUUAGAUGUUCGCAACGCAGCCUUGGACUCACUUUGUGAACUUGCCUCCAACUCUCCUCAGUUUUCCAUCCUCUCUCAAGACAGCAUCAUAGACAUGUUCAACGAUGAGAUUGAGAGUGUGCGGUUGAAUGCCAUCAACAGCCUGCGUAAGAUUAGCCAUAAUUUAUUACUGCGGGAAGACCAGGUGGAAAUAAUACUUGGUGUUUUACAGGAUUUUUCUCCUUCUUCACGUGAGGCACUCAGAGAUAUGUUGGGCCAUGUCAAGAUGGCAACUAGGGCUUGUAUAAAUAACUGUGUUAUGGCAUUUCUGGAUAACUUGCAAAGAUAUCCACAAGACAGGACUUCUAUCUGGAGGUGUGCUCAAAAACUUGGUACCAAGCAUCCAGCUCAUGUGUUAGCUCUGGCCCCUGACCUGCUCUGUUUACAUCCAUACCUAGAUACACCAGAACCAAACAUGGAUGACCCUGCUUAUAUAACAGUAUUACUUCUGGUUUUCAAUGCUGCAGCCAAAACACCUACCAUGGUUCCAUUGUUUCAGGAGCACACACGACGUCACUAUUCCUACCUACGUUCCAGUCUACCUGACUAUGUUCCUGUUAUUAAGAGUCUGGAAAUGUCAGAUGACUUUACAACUAGCAACAACUCCAGCACAUUGUCUGUUGGAAACACAGCCCAGUAUCUUGAGGAACUUACCCUCCGCCUGCGUAACAUUGAAAACAUGGACUUCAAAUCUGUCAUCUCAAUUUUAACAGUGGCAGUAAGAGAUCUGGAAAGAACCAAACAGCUGGACAAAGGUAUCUCAGCCUCGGCAGACUGUACUUGUGUUUUUCUUCGCUCUCAAUUAUUACUUACCAAGUUGUUGGCCAGAGUGAAUGACCCUGCCCAGUGUGAGACAGACUGUGAUAGUGUGAAUUCAGCUGUGGAUAAGAUUCUCCAACUGACGACCAAACUUCAGACUGUGUACCUGGGACUGACCAGCAGUUUGAUCUGGACAGUCAAGCAGAUUGAACUGAAAGCCCUAACACUGCUGAUGGUGGUCACUCUGAGCUGUGGUUCCCUGGCAGACAAGAUCAGGAUGUGUGAGACAUUUAAACAUUACUUGACAUACAUGAAAAAGUCUGCAGAGACUGAAUCAGGGCCGACAGAUACAGUUACCAAUCACUUGCUGUCUAGCAUUGACCUCAUUGAUGCGUCUCACCUUCAGGUCACUCACAGUGUCCUGCAGAAAGCCAUCAACAGUUUAUCUCCCAGUGCAGUGCCUCUCUUCAGGGGCAUUCGGCAGGUUAAGGCCACACUGGAGGAGCCAGUAGAGAACUUGGAAACUGCCAUCAAGAUGGCUGCUGGGCUGACUGCAGGUCUGAGGGUCAUUGCCAAGGUUGAAAACAUCAAGGAUGUCAGGAAUGUGAAAAUUCAGGUGAAGUACCCUGACCAACAGAGUCAGCUGAUCAGUCCACCGUCAACAGGCUGGACAAGGCUAAGUCAUCUCAGUCACAAACUGGACACUGAAAUUGUCAUGUCUCAUGCCUUGUGGUCAGAGGCCUGCAGUGUUGACGUGUCUCUGGUGAUAGAACCAUGUGGUCAAGCCAGGCAUCUCCUGAAGAAACAAGAAAUGGUCCAGCUGGUCAAGCCUGUCCACAUCCUCGUCUCCACCAAGCCUCACAAAAUAUAAGUCAGAGCAGUAGUGUCAAGUCACUACAGGACUAGAUGUUCAUUUGUGCCUGUACAUAGUAUUGUAUCAUACACAUAUAUUUGAUUUGUUGUACAAAUACAUUGUUACAUAAAUGAA